AUGGCGUGCGCAUCGCUCCUAACAGACGACAAUAUACUCCGAUUCAGGACUAAGGCAUGUCUUCGCCUUCUCCAGGGUUCCUGCAGUUUUGGAGACGACCGAUGCCAGUAUUCUCACAGCCCAGUCUGGACACGCCGCUCUCCCUAUUAUGCCUCCCCUAGUAGCCGUCGAGAAAGGUCCGAAGAGACGGAAAGGGAGCCACUACUGCGGUAUCUUCCGGUGCCCUGUGAGAACCUCCAACUGGAGAACGGAAAGGUUGUGAAGGUCAAAUGCCCCAGAGGAAUCAGCUGCCCAUUUUCUCACUCCACAGAAGAGAUUGCAUACCACCCUCUAAUCUACAAGACUGAACCCUGCAAAGCCUUUGCGCAGCGUUCCUGCCGAGUCUACUACUGCUGGAAGAGCCAUGGGGAGAAGGAGCGGCGCCACCACCCGCGAUACGCAUCUUUAGGGGUCGCGAAAGGUCUUGAUGCGCCACUGAACUAUCCAGGGGUCAGCCUUGUGGAGCUGAUGCCGAACAAAAACGGCCGCCGCCGCCGCCAGAGAUUGACAUUAGCGAAUUCUACGAUGACUGCCUUGGAAACAAGUGGCAGCAGAGGCUCUACUGCGUCCGCAGAGAAUGGGAGUCAUGAAAAGGUUGAUCUGUUGCUCAAAGACCUUGUUCAGCACCUUGCGGAUUCCUCGCCUGGAUACGACAGCUCCCUACCCAGAGACGCUCUUUGGGAGCUCGGAGGCAAUCAUCCGGUCAAACCAAUUUUACCACACUCCGCGGAAGAUGCCAAGGGAAAUUGGCCACCUCUCAGGAGCCUAUUGCAUGUCCUUGAAGGCAGGAUAAAUGCCCAGUGCUGCGCUGAGGACGACGGAGCCGCGCUCAGUUUCCCCCCUCACCCAGUACACAGCCUGAAGCAGCAUGCCAAUCAGACAGGAAAGAAACCUCAGAGCUGCGUUUUGAGCCACAACACGCCUUUGGAUAGUUCCACGGAUCAUAUGCAAAUGAGGAGGCCUGCAGUCUACACAGAAAAUUACGAGGCUUUGGGCUGGGCUUUGCCGAAUUUAAAACACCAACUCGACGGGAAUCCCGUAGCUUCGUGGGAUAUAAAGGCUCGAAUAGAAGGCCUGUCUAAUUUAACUGGAUCCUUUGCGGCUCCUGCCAACUUCUCACAGCUUGUACGUUCCCAGCAUCUCGGUAUUCAGGCUCCUAUGCAUGCAGGCCUUUAUAGAUGGUGCAGUGGCCUGGGGCCAAAGGACGGUGUGCCUUUUGACGGCGCGUAUAAAGACCAUCGCCGAAAGUCAAUGCCCCUAAGGUAUGCACGCAAUGAAAUGUGGACGAACAAAGGGUGCAUACCCUUAUGUACUAAAGACUCCGAGGUUCUCUCUUGUUCGAAGUCUUUUGGGAGGAGCCUUUGCAGCUCUCAGAGCAGCAGCGGUGGGGGCAUGUGUCCUUGCAGAUGCGUCCAGUCAUCUCCGGCCGCCAGCCCUGAUAUGAAGCAGAGGCUAUGCAAACUUGAGAGUCUUGAGGAACUGAAAGUUGGAACUGUAGAGCACGAGGACAGUCCCUGUACGCGCCUUACUGGCGGUGAUUGUGGCAGCCUGGCGUCCACCUGUUUUUCUCUGGAGUUUUCUCCAACAGGUAGCAACUGGUCAUGUUCGAAAUGUGACAUGGAACACUCUAUUGGUCCUGUAUACAAGGGAGACGAGGAGGUUCAUCUGGAGCAGAUCCAAAUGGACAACGAACCCAGCAGUUCGUGGGGAAGAACCUGCCGGUCGGAGAAAAUUGUGGAAUAUUUGCCUGAAAUGGAGGCCAGAGAAGAGGAAACAGUGCCUUUGAAGGACAUGCAUGGCCCUUCUCAGGAACUAGGAUCUCACGACGAGGCUGAAGUGAAUAAGAAGCUUAUGUCAUGCGUUGUUUCGUUGCUCAAAAUGAUUCAGGAGAAAGAAAGUAUUGACGUGAAAGUCGGGGGGCAGCGGAGGGGCGAAUGCAUGAGCACCAAUGCAGAGUGUGGUGUACGUGAAUCCCCGCAGCCCGCAGAUGAUACCACAAUUGCUUCAGGUAGUCAGAAUAUGGCGGCCUCAUGGAAUAUGGCGAGGCUUGUCGCCUAA